AUGUAUCUCGUAGAUCUACGAACGCUAUCAGGUAAGGUGCACAUCGAUAUUAUACAUGCUAUGGUGGUUGCUCUUUUCAAGACCCGACAAAUUUCUGUCUUGAGCCCUGAAGAGGUAUAUCACCUAAAUACUGCAACUUUCACCCAAAUAAUCUGGCUGACAUAAAUAGCUCGUCCUAUCUGAUACAAUGGAAGAGGUCAACUUCCAGCACGAGCCUACUCCCGCAUUUCUCACAGCACAAGAACAUCUUAGCAAACUACAAGACAUAAACUUAAUGUCAAUCGAGGAAAGAAGAGACAUCCGAGAGGCCCUCUUCAAAUUCAAUAUUGCCAGACACCAUUGCCUUACUGUUGGCCAUAUCACAGGUAUUGCCUGUCAGUACCCAGGUCUCUUCGACAGUGAUGAUACAUGCACUGAAAUACACAAAACCCUCCAGACGCAAGUUGAUGGUUAUAUGCACGCGUCUUUGGACUUCCUCAGGGAAUUUGUUACCAGGGUCAUCGGAAAAUGUGAAGAGAUUGCCGGGGCAGGAUUCUGGGCCAGCUGUAAUAGCAGUCAGAAAAGAGAAAUGUUUUGCAAAAUCUACGGCAACAAUCCCAUGUACCUCUUGACCAGACUCCAUCGAGCAGAGUCAAAGGUGGUAGCUUUUACCGAGCUGUAAGUUUGCUCCAUUCUUUCUCUUGUUCUCGCUGACUCUUCAAGUUUCGUGUCAGACUCGCCAGAUCGCGCAAAAUGGCGAAGGUUCUUCCGAAAGAAGUUCAUUAAUAUGGCGUGUAUGGUCUCCAAAACAAGAGAAGCCGACCAGCCCCAAUGUUGGUUGAGCUGGCCAGAAUCCAAUCUGCCUGGAGUUUGGUCGAAGAAUCAAUUUGUUCUACCCGCGGUUGCUACGGUUUAUCAAAAGAGGACGAGAAAUGACGGCGAGGAGCUUGACGCAGGGGACUACAACGCGUCCAAGCGACGAAAAGUUGUACUUGGGACAUGA